ACACUCUAAAAUCUGAAGACUUGUUGUUGGCGUCCCUCCUCCCUCCCCUCCCUGUGCUUCAUUCAGCCCCCCCCAUCGGUGAGGGUGGUGCUGAACCGGCCCGGCUCUUGGUUGCAGUCAGAGCUUCUCUGUCGGAGCGGCGGCUGGAGGAUGAAGUCCCACUCAUCUCCCUCUCCUGUCAUUCUCCCAGCUCUCCAUUCUAAUUUUGGAAACAUGGAACCUCGGAGAGCGCUCUCCCAAAGCUAUUUACGUCCUUGCUCCUCCUCCCCCUCUCCCUCUUCUCCUCCUCUCCCUCUUGUUUUUCGGGAGAACAGGAUUCUCUAGCUCCAUUUCUUGGUCUCCGCAGAGUCCUUUUUUUUGUUGUUGCUGGAACUCCAACUUUCCUCUUCCUGAGCGCACCAGUGCAGGUCAGCCUCUCGGGAGCCAGAUUUGUGCCAGGAUCAGGGUGAUCCAUGCUCUUACCUCAGAGAGGACUUCCUGGAAGCGCGGGAUAGGAGGAUUUGUCUCAGGUGAUGGUGACCGGAGCCAGAGCCUGCAGCUUGGGAGCUGUCGCAGCGUUUGAGCGGCUCAGUCCUAACUCGGCGUGAUGGGGUCUCUGUGGAGGGGUGCUUCCUGAACUGUAGCAGCGGCUCUUGUCCUGGCAUGCGGCUGCAGCCGCCCGUGUCAGGACUGUGCGCCAUGUUGCAGACCAUCUAUGAGACGGAUUCCUGCUUUUCUUCUGCAGACAGCCGCCAGCAGCCUCUGCAGCUCCUGACUGGCAAACAGAGCUCCAGCGCAGCCAUGCCCAUCGCUGUGGCGGAGGUGAAGAGUGGCCUCCAGUCAGGCAUGCAAAGCCCCGCAGCAGCGAGCAGUGAGCAGAGAGGAGGAGCUACAGAAGGAGGAGGCGGGCUGGCAGAAAGCUCUACAACCGAAGGAGGCCCAGUGGACCUACGGAACGAGCCCAGGGUGGGGUCUUUGUCUGGGGGAGUGGCAGUGGACACGACGCUGAGAGAGCAGCAGCUUCAGCAGGAGCUGGUGCUCCUCAAACAGCAGCAGGAGCUACAGAAGCAGUUGCUGUUUGCUGAGUUCCAGAAGAAGCAUGAGGUUCUGACGCGGCAGCACGAGGUCCAGCUGCAGGAGCACCUGAAGCAACAACAGGAGCUGCUGGCAGCCAAGCGCCAACAGGAGCUGGAGCAGAAACGGAAGCUGGAGCAGCAGAGGCAUGAGGAGCAGGAGAAGCAGAGGCUGGAGCAGCAGCUGCUGCUGCUCAGGAACAAGGAGAAAGGCAGAGAGAGUGCCAUCGCCAGCACGGAGGUGAAGCUGAAGCUGCAGGAGUUCCUACUCAAUAAGAAGGAGCCUGGACCCAGUGGACUGAACCAUUCCUUCUCCCCAAAGUGCUGGGCUGCUCAGCACCCCUCCCUGGACCAGGGCUCUCCUCCUCAGAGCAACACUCCUGGAACUCCCCCUUCCUACAAACUCCCCUCAUUGUUGGGGAGCUACGAGAGCAAAGAUGACUUUCCUCUUCGCAAGACAGUCUCAGAACCCAACCUGAAGGUGCGAUCCCGGCUGAAGCAGAAGGUGGCCGAGAGGCGCAGCUCCCCCCUUCUGCGUCGAAAGGACGGCACUGUCAUCAGCACCUUCAAGAAGAGGGCCAUCGAGAUUUCAGUCUCCUCUAUGUGCAGCAGUGCUCCGGGUUCUGGACCCAGCAGUCCCAACAGCUCCAACACGGCCAUAGCAAACGGCAGCACAGGAUCCGUCCCUAAUAUCCAGACUGAGCUCAGGUCACUCCAUCAGAUGCUGGGUGCUGACGGGACGCUGAGCCUGUACACGUCUCCCUCCCUGCCCAACAUCUCCCUGGGUCUGCCCGCCAACACGCACAUCCCGCCCACACAGAAGCUUUCUGCCCAGCAGGAGGCUGAGCGCCAAGCCAUCCAAUCCCUGCGAGGGGGCGGAGCCUUGACAGGGAAGUUUCUGUCCACAUCCUCCCUGCCGGCAGGUGGAGGUCAUGAGGUUGAGGCUCCUCCUCCAACCUCCCACUCCACCCACUCCUCGCUUCUGCAACACGUGCUGCUGUUGGAGCAGGCCAGGCAACAAAGCGCAAUGCUAGUGCCCGUGUACAAUCAAUCGCCGCUGGUGACUGCUGAGAGGGGCGUGGCCUCUGGUCUCCGCUCUGUCAAUAAGCUGCCUCGCCACCGGCCGCUGGCUCGCACACAGAGUGCUCCUUUGCCCCAAUCCCCCCAGGCCCUGCAGCAGCUGGUGGUCCAACAGCAGCACCAGCACUUCCUGGAGAAACAUUACAAGAUGCUGUCAAAGGGGGCGGACCUUCCCCGGCCUCCGCCCACUCACCCAGAGGAGACGGAGGAGGAGCUGACGGAGAGCAGUGACAUGCAGGAGGAUGAAGGGGAGGCCAGCAUGAGCAGCCUUCAGAAGGACGGACCGAACGACAGCAAACACGUCUCCGAGCAGCUCUUUGUGCACGUGAAGGGUGAGGACGAGCACACGAGUGUCCACGUCAAAGACGAGAGCACCGAGAGUGAGCUGGAGGAAGAAGAGGAGGAAGAUGAGGUCGUCCCGCUGAGAGAAGGCGAGGAUGAAGAGAGGGGGAGCUUCAUGCAGCCCCUGCAGCCGCUGGGCGUCUUCCAGUCCUCGUUGGCCCACAAACAUCUGGGACGGGCCAAGUCGUCUCCCACGGCAACUGUCAGUCCUAUCAAGCACCUCUUCACAACGGGUCUGGUCUAUGACAGUCUGAUGCUGAAACACCAGUGUGUGUGCGGAAACGCCCACAUCCAUCCAGAGCACGCAGGCCGGGUCCAGAGCAUCUGGUCCAGACUGCAGGAGACAGGCCUACUGGGCCGCUGUGAGAGAAUCCGUGGACGGAAAGCUUCUCUGGAUGAGAUCCAGUCCGUUCAUUCGGAGUUUCACACGCUGCUGUACGGAACCAGCCCACUCAAUCGGCACAAACUGGACCACAAGAAGCUCCUGGGUCCCAUCAGUCAGAAGAUGUACGCCGUCCUUCCCUGUGGAGGAAUCGGGGUGGACAGUGACACUGUGUGGAAUGAGAUGCACUCCUCAGCCGCGGUCCGCAUGGCUGUGGGCUCCGUUAUCGAGCUUGCCUUCAAAGUGGCUGCAGGAGAGCUGAAGAAUGGUUUCGCCGUCGUGCGUCCGCCGGGCCACCACGCUGAGGAGUCCACAGCCAUGGGGUUCUGUUUCUUUAACUCCGUCGCCAUAGCUGCUAAGCUGCUGCAGCAGAAGCUGGGCGUGGGGAAGAUCCUCAUCGUGGACUGGGACAUUCACCAUGGAAACGGCACCCAGCAGGCCUUUUACACGGAUCCCAGCGUGCUCUACAUCUCACUGCAUCGCUAUGACGAUGGAAACUUCUUCCCUGGCAGUGGAGCCCCUGAGGAGGUGGGGUCAGGAGCAGGUGUGGGCUUUAACGUGAACAUAGCAUGGACCGGAGGAGUGGAGCCCCCUAUGGGUGAUGUGGAGUACCUCAAUGCUUUUAGGAGUGUGGUCAUGCCCAUUGCCGAGAGGUUCAGUCCAGAUGUGGUUCUGGUGUCUGCGGGCUUUGAUGCAGUGGAGGGUCACCAGUCUCCUCUGGGGGGCUACAACGUGUCUGCCAAAUGUUUCGGAACGCUCACCCAGCUGCUGAUGGGUCUGGCGGGUGGGCGGGUGGUCAUGGCUUUGGAGGGGGGUCAUGACCUCACUGCCAUCUGUGACGCGUCGGAGGCCUGCGUGUCUGCCCUGCUGGGAGACCUGAGUGAUUCUCCGUUCCAGUGGCCGCUGGAUAAUCCCUGUCCCAAAGCUUGUGCCUCCUUGGAGCGGGUCAUCGAGAUCCAAAGUAAACACUGGUCCUGUCUUCAAGCUUUGUCCCAGACCGGCGGCCGCUCGCAGCCUGACGGCGCUCAGGGGACGCAGUCAGAGAAGGACGAGGCGGAAACGGUCAGUGCCAUGGCGUCACUGAGCGUGGACGUGGAGCAGCCCGUUUCUGUUCCGGAGAGCAUAGACAGUGGCAGGUCCAUAGAGGAGCCCAUGGAGGAGGAGCCUAUCUUGUAGGAGGAGCUUGAUAUUUGGGGAGGAGCCUGCCUUGUAGAAGGAGCUCCAACCAGAAGCACACCGGUCAUCUUUUCUUCCUCGGAGUAACUCUUUGUCCACUCCUGCUCCUCUUCCUCCACCACACGUGCACGUACGUGCACACACGGUGGAGUUGUUGUGGGGGGGGCUCUGAUUGGGUCCUAAGAGGAGUUUGGACUCUUUUGCUCCGACUCCUCCUCCCCCUCCCAGUGAAGUGCAGACGACUUGUUGGCAUCUCCAUGGAAACAGGGGGGGGGCUCCACCAGAUGCUCAUUUGCCCCCUCCAACCGUUCCUGUUCCACAUGAGCUCUGAAUGUCCAGCAGGAGGCUGACGCCUGGUCGCCUUGUGUCUGUGGGGGGGCAUGUGGGGGGAGCAGGUGCCUUUCUUCUGUCCAAUAGGAAGCCACAGAUGGCAGCAGGACUCUUUGGAGCCACGUGAAGAGACUGCCGGACAGAGGGACUCUGACUGAACUCUUCUGUCACCCCCCCUCCACCCCUCCCUGCCUCGGGGUUCGGUCAGGCUGAUUCCGCCCGCACCUUUCCUCUGGCUGACGAGGGGAGAACUUUUUUCUCGUGUUUGUUAUCUCACAAGCAUCCUCUAUUUUCUACACCUGUACAUACGUGAGUGUACUCGAACCAGAACUCGUCUUUGGCGAGGCCAGCCUGCAUUUGUUCGCAGGUUCCUCCGGCGUGACGGGGACCACGCUGCCCCACCAGGCAGAGAGCAGCAACUGCAGCUCAGUACCUGUGGACCGGGAACACUGACCCGCAGCCGUCGGCUUUUUUUCUUUUCUUUUUUUUUUGUCUUUUGCAAAAAAUGCAUCAAUGUGCCAAACCAUGAUACCCCCUCUGUUUCACUGUAACGGUGCACAGGAAGUGUUUCAGCCGUCUUGGCCUCUCCUUCAAGCCCGUUCAGGCUCUAUCGCUCUUCUACAUGAAUCUGUCCCAGUGAGACCCCCGCAACUUAAAAAACACUAACAGAAUAACAUAGAAACUUAAAAUAAAGAAAAAAUCAAACCUAAGGUCAGAUCAUCAACUGAAGCUAGUUUACAUGAGCUGAAAUGUUUUGGGGGUUUUGUGUUGGCGGGGGCUAAUGGCUCCAGUGCCUUCUUCAGUCAUCACAUGUAUGAAGUUUCUGAAGCAGAGCUGUGGAUUCUGCUGUCAAUCUACCUAAUGUCACUGAGCCGGACCUGGCUGAUCCGGUUGGUUACGGGACCUCCACAGAACUGAACCACACAGUCCCGGCCCAUACUGACCGUCAGUCACACACUAUGAGAAGCUGCCUCUGGUCGGCACCCCCACACCCUCCGUUGCCAGGGAGUCUGCUGCGGAAGCUGUCGCUCUUAGCAGAACCACGGGUCCAGAAGACCCCCCCAUUCUGUUUGCUCUAGCUGUGUGGGGGGUUCAUAUCAUUCCACACUCAAACAAACUUAUUGUUUGUUUUUGCUACACUGAAUCCAGAGUUUUCUGGAACCUUUUAGGUCUUGGUAUGGACAGCCUACAGCUCCAUCUGGUGGCCAUUACUGAUAAUGCGCUUUGAAAAUCAUUGAGGGACAAGAUGUAAUACAUGAAUAAAAUAGACACAUUAUUUCAUUGAAAUACAUAAAAAUAAGGAAAUAGUAAAAAGAAAAAAAAAAUUAUUGAAAUGCAAAAAUUGAAAAAAACAAAUGAAAAUAUAUGUGAAAAACUAAUAUUUAUGGAGCUUUUUGUUUAAAAAUGUGUAUACGUCUUUUUAUUUAUGGAUUUUUUGCGUUUCUUUAUGUACUUAUUACUGUGUGGUUGUGGCUGUUGUGGCCCUGACACAUUACAACGAGGUUCAGUUCGAGCUGAUGACCUGAGAAUCCAGCCUCAAAGUGGGCGGAAACAAGGCAGACGUCUUUCUGAUUGCUCUAAAAGAGUUCUAAAAAAGCACACAGCAGUAAAAAAUGUAAAUAAUCAGGAUGGAGCAGGCCUGUGGGGCUUAUGGGACAGCAGCGUCCCUCAGUGAAGGAUGAAGGGGAAGCAGCAGCUACAGUUCUGUGCCUUUAGACCAGGGGUCUGCAACCUUCAACACUUAAAGCCAUUUAGGUCAAUUUCUCGCUGACAACAACCCAUCAAAGUCUUAUUUACUUUUUAGGAAAAUAAGAAACUGUUUAUAUUAAUGUUACUAUUAUGAUAACUUUAAACAUUUUUUGGGGAAAAAUAAAAUGUAGGUUUUUUUUGUUGUUUUUUUUUU